AUGUUCCAGAGCAUGCUGAGCCACCGCGGCGACAGCGGCUGCCAGGGCGCGUUCUACACCUACGACGCGUUUAUCGAGUCCGCCAGCAAGUUCGCCGGCUUCGGCACCACCGGCGACGACCAGACGCGCAGGCGGGAGCUCGCCGCCUUCUUCGGCCAGACGUCCCACGAAACCACCGGUGGAUGGGCGACUGCUCCGGGUGGACCGUUUGCCUGGGGAUACUGCCGGGUGAAGGAACAGAACCCGACUGACCCACCCUACUAUGGACGAGGACCCAUACAGCUAACUCAUGAGUACAACUACAGGCUCGCUGGGCAAGCGCUGAACCUGAACCUGGUGGGCAACCCGGACCUGGUGUCGAGCGACCCCGUGGUGGCCUUCAAGACGGCCAUCUGGUUCUGGAUGACGCCGCAGUCGCCGAAGCCGUCGUGCCACGCCGUCAUGACCGGCGGCUGGACGCCCUCCGCCGACGACCGCGCCGCGGGGAGGCUCCCCGGGUAUGGCGUGACCACCAACAUCAUCAACGGCGGGGAGGAGUGCGGCAAGGGCCAGUCCACCGACAAAGCCAAGGACCGGGUAGGGUACUACAAGAGGUACUGCGAUAUGCUCGGAGUGGGGUACGGGGACAACAUGGCCUGCAAGGACCAGAAGCCUUACGGAGGCUGA